CAAUCCGGAAAUGACUGAAGUCAAGCGAACACAUUCGAAGACGGGGGCACCUAAAAUCUUCAUGGGGGAGGCAAAUAUUGGGCCGACACGAAACCAAAAAAUAAACAAAAACACCACCAAUACUAACUAACAGAGUUAGAUAACUUAUAUUCACGUCGAAAUCGAUAGAAAAAGCUCUCAACAUUUUGCCAGCAAAAGCAUAGGUCACAUUUGCGUGCUAUCUAACAUUAGCUCGAUCCAGCGGAUUUUUGUUUGUUAUGCUAGGUAGCUAGCUAACGGUUCGGAAACAGUACAGACGGGCGGAUGGGGAGGCCAUCGAUGCUAUUUUUCGCUUUUUGGUAAAAAUAUAAUGUUAUUUAGUUAGUUACCAGUUUGUAGUUUUACUUUUAAUUUUAGGAUUUCCCCACCCGUCGAUUCUCAAGAGCGGGCUUUUGCUAAGUGGGGAGCGUGGUAGGUAGCUAGUUGUCUAAACCAUUUACCGAUGGCCUCCGUAACUGGCUAUAUUGUAUAGCUAACUAGCUAGCUAUAUCUACCAACAAAUAACUAGCAGGCAACUAGCUAGCCGGGAGGCUACAUAGAUUGCUAUUUAUUUUUGCUUGCACGAUACCUAAUUUUCGAUGUGUCAACGUUAGCGCUCCUUUGUUUCAGAGUAGCACAAAACCAUAGCUAACAAGCUAUCAUUAUUCGCAAGCUUCAGUAAGUAAACUGAUGCGGAAUACCACGCCGCUGACCUCAUAUUGUCCGAUUUUCGUAUAGCGCUGAAAUACUAGGGAGCAUGUUGGUUAUUGAGAGAUGUGAUAACGCGAAAUCAGUGUCGUCCCCUCUCCCUUGCUCCCUUACUACUUCGAUGACAUUCAAAUAUGUAACGUUCGAUUACAUCGGUUUUGGUUUGCCGACACCCAUCUACACCAACAGCAUCCAGUGACAACAGGAUACCAGACAAGGAAUUUAAUACGAACAUUUCUUCUGUCAGAUCACAGUGUCUUCAAGAGGAAGAAGCAUGGUAAGAGGCAGGGGAAAGAAAGGAACUGAAAGUUCUCCCUUUUCCAGAAGUGGGAGGAUAUAAAGCAUUAGGAGAUAUAUACAGUUCUAGUGCUUAGAAAAACUGAGGACAGAACCCUUUAACUUUAUUAACUUUAUUCAGUAAAAACGGAUUCUGUCGAAGCAGCAUUCCCAUCUCAGAGUGUCUAUGGUGGAAGUUUCCAGAGGGAUUACAAAUACCACUGUUGGAUAUGUCACAUGGAGUAAGGCCAGUUGUCUCAGUUGUGGACACCAUAAAAAAGCAUACAACAAGGAAUUAGGAGUCAUCCGAACAGAAAUGAAAACUGCAGCUUUUUGCUGAGGGACCUUUACCUGCAAUACCAUCAUUUGUAACCUCAUUAAGUCAGCUUCUGACAAUCGAUAGACUGUAAUGGAGGCAUGGAAGAACAAAGUCAGAAUCACAGAAUAUAUAAUGAGGUCAAACAGAAAUUUUCCACUGAGUAAAUCAAAUUAUUGAACUACAAAACAAAAAAGACAUUGUACACAGCGCAAAACAAAUCCUAUCGUUUUUAUUGCCUGAAUUCAGAAGAGAAAUAGCUUCAACAGUAAGAUAACCGAUUGUUCAUAUUUUCUGUCUUCCAAAUAAGAGUACACAAACUUGAUAAGGAAUCAUAUCCUUGGGGAAAAAAGGACACCUCCCUAAAAAUUCUCCACAGUGUCUCCUCUUGGAUGGAGAGUGGGGGCAGCGGCCGAUCAUCAGCAGGAGGGGGGGACAGUAGCAGAGCUACUGGGACAAGCAGCAGUGGUACUAGUAGCAGCAGCAGAGGAGCAAGCAGUUCCCGGAGCAGUGGAAAUUCAAGCUCUGGUGCCUCAAGCCGAAGUUCCUCUGUGAGUGGUGGGGGGAUUAUUGUCUCCACUUCUGGGGCUGGAGGAGGGGGGGCAGCACCACCUCCUGCCAGCGAGUGGGAGAUGUUCCAGUUUGGAAAAUACUCGAUGGACAUUUUAGAGAUGCUGAGCGGGCAUCAAGCCCACCAGUUUAAGGGUCUUGGAUUGGAGAGGCAGCUGCAACAUCAGCAACAUGCUCAACUUCAACACCAGCAACAGCUGCAGCAGCAGCCGCCACCAGGUGAAUCAUCAGGACCACUUCUGUCUGGGCUUGGCCUGGGAGCAUUACAAGGAUCUAGAAGCAAUGCUUUUGCUGAUUCAUCCUCCAUAUUUGCCAAAAUGAGUGCCCCGCCUGCACCUGUACCACAGCCAACUCAGUCCUCUUCGCAGAGUUCACGUAAAUCUAGCAAAAUGAGUUUAAGUGGUGGUAGCGGAGGUGGAAGUGGAGGUUCUGCAACAGGGUACCCACAGUUCUUACGCCCAUUUCACCCAGCAGAGGCAGCUUUAGCUCAGGAGCAGCUACACCCUGGGUUAGGACGUUUUGAGCACUUUUCAUCGGGAAGCAGUAGUGGAGUGGUGACUUCGCCACCACCACCACCUCCUCUACACCCAGGUCUUUCAGUCCCCCAAGCCUCUCCAGGACAGCCAUCUUCCUCACCUUCUCCUUCAACCUCAGCUUCCACCUCCAACAACCCUAUCAGUAGCAGCACUGUGGCUUCCCUUGGACAACAACUUGCCGGUGCUCAGUCAGAUGCUCGGAGCCUACACCAGCAGUUCAGUUGUAUGCUGGCAGCCAAUCAGUAUUUUCUCUCUGGAGUGCCACCGAAUGCCAGUUUGGAGCAGUUUUUAGUUCAGCAAGGUACCCACAACCAUCUUAGUUUGGGUCAAGGUGGAGAUUCCAAUGCAGGCAUCGCACCGCCUCCUCUCCAUUCCUCUCACAGUCAUGGACAUCUUACUCCUCAACAACAACAGCAACAAUUGCCACCCCAUGCUUUGUCCCACCCUCACCCUCACCAUCCUCUUCACUCAGCGCCUCAACCACCCCCCUUAGGCAGCUUUGACUUUCAAGGUAUUCCAGUUCUCUCUUCUAAUCAGAUAGCAUCUUUGAUGCAACAAGAAACUGGUUUGCCCCUCCCUCUGCCACUCCAUCUCUCUCUUUCUAAGGAUGAAGGGAAAGAAAGUGGAGGUGUGUCCGGAACUGGAGGAGGAAGGAGAAAGAAAGCUAUGCUUGGCUACCUGCCACAGAGGAAGUCUGACAACAUCAGCAGUAGCAGUAGCAACUGCCACAGUAGUGGAGAUACAAACCCCAGCAGCAACUCUGGAGGACAUAGCAUUGAAGGAAGUUCAAGUCUUGUUAGCGGAGGUGGGCGUGUUGGUAUAGGAAGUCUUGGUGGAGACCCAUCUUCCCUCCUUUCUUCUACAGCACAAACUUCCUCUUCCUCAACAGUAUCUUCCUCCUCUUCUACUGCUCCAUCCUGUACCUCAGCCUCAGUCCUUGUCACAAAUUGCUCACAGCACUCUAAAACUGAAAGUCAAGGCUCACUGGCACCCACUCCUACUCAGCCUGAACCAGAGCCUCUUUACCACUGUGGAGAGUGUGGCAAAACCUUCACUCAUCUCUCCAGCCUCCGAAGGCACUUGCGCAGCCAUGGUUUGUCUUCUGGUGGUGGAAGCGUUAGUAACAAUGCCACCAAUCUCAAUCCUAAUCACAACCCCAGCCUCCCCCACUCCACUCAAGAGUUGGCUUCUCAGUCCAACCAUCAUCACUCACAACCUCAGCAAGAUCCCUCUUUAGGCACCCAGCAACAACAGUCAAAUCCUGCCCCCACUUCAUCAUCUUGCCCCAGCCCUGAGAAGACCCACUGUUGCCCUGAAUGUGGAAAGGGAUUUAAGAAAAGGGGGCAUCUCCUCCAGCAUGGAGUCAUUCACUCAGGGGCGCGUCCUUUCGCCUGCCCUGUCUGCCAGCGCUCUUUCAACCGCAGAGAAUCGCUAACUCGGCAUGAGAAGAUUCAUGAAGACAAGCCCUAUCGCUGUCCAGCUUGUGGCCGCUGUUUUCGGGAGAGUACCUCUUUGCUCAACCAUGCAGCCUCAGGAACAUGUGGCAAACCUGGAAGGAGAUCACGAUCCAAGAGAAACAAUAGUAGUAACAGCUCUGAAACUGAUGGACAGAAAAGUCAAAAGGUUGGGGUGGUAGGUGGAACCGGAAUGGUAGCAGGUGGAAGUGGUGUUGGAGAGUACCAAGGGGCACCCCUUGGUGGUGGUGGUGUAACUUAUGGAAAAGUUGAAGGUGGAGGGGUUGUAGGCUGUGUAAUGGGAGGAACUGAAGAAGAGGAGGAUAAGGCUUCAUUAGCUUGUCAGGGUCUGUUUCAGCAGGGAAGAGGAGUGAAUGCAAACAGUGGGGGUAAAACAGAAGGAAAGUAUGGACAGGAUUUUUCAAGGAAUUGUUACCAAGCACCAUAUCGAGGUGAUGACUACCGGACGGACUAUAAGCAGCACCGGUCACAAACAAACCCUUGUUAUCCUAGUGAUCCACCCUGUGGAAAUGGAAUGGCAGGCCCAGCACUCAGGAAGGCACCUUUAGCCCCUACACUGCAUCCACAUCCUCAGAGUCAAACUCAACAACAGCAGCAACACCAACAACAGCAGCCUCAUCUUCCCCUCUCUUCUCUUUUGGAAGACUCUGAAGAUGAUGUUACCAGCUCUGUUAGCAGUGCCAUGUCUGCUAUUGCAGCAGCUGCCGCUGCCUCCUGUAUGCCUGGAGAGCUUAACAGUGGCGGAAGUCGAGGAGAGGAAAGAAGGGACAUUAUUGGGGGGUUGCUAGGUGGGCUUGGCUUUGGAUCAGCGGGGGCCUCCCCCGGAGGACCUUCAUCAACAUCUGGUAUGAAUAAAUCUUACAAAGGACAAGGCGGAAAUGGGGAAUGCAUGGGUGGCACUGGAAUGACACUAACUAAUGAAAACCAACAACCGAAAAACCAGCAGGCACCAAAUGUGAAACCCAAGCGGCCUCGUAAGCCCCGUCCAAAGAAAGAGCCCAAGACUGGAGGUGGAGCAAGUGGAGAAGUCAAACGUAGACGGCAUACUCAAAGUGGGGCAGGAACUGGUGGAGAAGGUAGAGAACGACCGUUUCUGUGUAGUGUUUGUGGUCGUGGCUUCAGUCGACGUGAGACUCUUCGCAGACAUGACCGCGUUCACACUGGGGAGAAGCCAUACCAUUGCGAUGUUUGUGGAAAAGAUUUCCGAGAACCAUUCCACCUUACAAAACAUCGCACAGUUCAUUCUGGGGAGAAAAACUACAAAUGUGAAUUAUGUGGGAAGGAGUUUGGUUAUGCCCAGAGCCUGAAGAGACAUGGAAAACUACACCAGAAAGGAGAAUUUAGUGAAGCAGGCACAACAUCAGCAGUUGGUAGUAGCUCUGGGGCAGUCACUGGAGUGAGUGCAAACCAAGACAGUGAACAAGGAAAUUCUGAUUCUUGCUAUUAUUCUCAGGACAAGACUCCAGGUUCUAACACCCAGCCCCCUCCCAGACUGUACACUUGUGCCAUUUGCUGGAAGUCUUUCCGUCAUCACUUUCACUUGACGGCUCAUCAGCAAGCUGUCCAUGAAGGUGGGGACAAACUUUUCUGCUGUGAGGUUUGUGGAAAGGCCUUCGCAUAUGCUAAUAGCUUGACAAGACACAGACUUUCCCAACAUGGACUGUCUCGGACAGGACAAACACACCAGCCAGGAGGUGACAGUGCUGGUCAAGUUGGGGGAAGCCCUGGAGUAACUGGAUCAGAGAGUGAGCAAGCCACAAAUUCCCUUCUUCAGCUUGGACCACCUGGUGUCGCCCAGGGGGGGCAACAUAGCAAUGUCUCCCCAACACAGCAUCCUCAACCUCAAUCUGGUUAUUCCCCUCUAUUCUACCUCCCAGAACCUGGCAGUACCCACUCAUCAACUUCCAGUGCCCCUCCUCACUCCCAUGCCCUUCAAACACAUUCCUCUCAUACUGCCCCAUCUCAUCACCAGCAACCUACAGGAAUAAAAGGGGCGCCUGUAUAUCCAACUGGUCCGAGCAAUGUCCUCAAUCUCGCUUCAUCUGCUAUGCAUCAGCCACUGUCCCAACAGUACCCCCACUCUCAACAGCAGCAGCCAGUUGAGAUGCGGUCGCCACAAGACCUCCACUCACAGGGAAACAACAGGAAACGCAAGAAGAAAAAUUAUGGAUAUCAGAACACCGGAGGAGAAUCUUCAAUAAAACCAUUGUUGGCAAGAGAGGGAAAGAAUGAACAGAAUAGAAUGCAGAAGAGGAAAGUAAGAAUUCGCCUACAGUUGUUUAAAAAGAAGAGAAGACUAGCUGAGCUCCUGAGGGUUAAAGGAGGAAGAACACGUCAUGGAGGGCUAAGAGUUGGACACCUGUCAUCUUUGGAAGUCUCGCAAAAACAGUUCCUUUGUCCAUUGUGUCCCUGUACAGCUUUUCCCCGUAAGGCUGCGUUCUUGGUCCACCGUGCUGCUAGACACCGUCAAACAUCCAGCUGCCGCCAAUCCCGUAUGGAGUGCUUCCUCUGCAGAAAACGUUUUCGGAAGUUCCUAGCGGCCCUCAGGCAUCGGGGUUUCCAUCUUGCUCAAGGGUCUUUCUCUUGCACACGAUGCCCCUCUCGUUUCUGGAAUGGAACCCUCCUGGAGAGACAUAAGGCUGUUUGCCAAGGUGUUCGAGGACAUAGUGGUGACUGGGGAGUCAAAUCGAAAACUGCAGCUAAGAGGACACUGAAGUAAAGAAAGAGAUGCAUGAAGAGGACAACAGUGGUAACACUAAGAUCUAGGUAUUUUUCUAAGAUUGAGAAUGAAAGAGAAUUGAAAGUUCAAAAAUGGAGGAUGAGAUUUUUUUUUAAUGUUGGGGGAGAGGACAUUUAGAGCUGAAAUGUGUUACAACCCCAACUGUUUCCCUCUCCAUCUGUGCUCUCAGCUGUAUGGCAAAAGGGAGCUUGCUUUUUAAGGAGGGUCAUGUUUGUGUGUGUAAUAAAUACAUACACUUUAUAUGAUCAAAACUAACCCCCAAAGAAAUGCCUCUUUAGACAUGAAUUUCAUACAUGGCUUCACAAGAAGGGGUAUGAAGAUUUUAAAACUUGUGACUUUUUAACAGCACCAUAAUCCUUUAAAUAUACUCAUUUUAUGUUGACUGACACUGUGCCAGGAUAAUAGAUGCACACAAAUAUCAUUAGAGUAACCCUAAUUAUACUGUUGUUUUAUGCCAGUUUAUUUUUUAUCCCUUAAUUCAACAGUUUCACAGUUAAGUCUGUCUCUGUUAUGUAUACUAUAUGUAGUUGAUGUUCCCUGUGGAGUUGUGCUGGGCAGUUUUUAUUUGUACAGGUGUUUUGCCUGGACCUGAACGUAGCUUGGACAGAGUCAGUUUGUCAGUACCUAUUAGAUGUGUUCACAGUGCAUUACAGUAAAUUAGUCACUCAUGGUGAACCUAACUAUAAUUCAUAAAUCCAACUGGAAGAGCAGAGUAAUUAAUUUUUAGUACAAAACAAAAUUCCAAAACACAAGUCAAAUUGUACUGAGUGACAGUAAAAAAAAAAAAACAGUUUGGUCACUAUGGUGUGGUUUUUCUGUACACUUUACACAUAAAGCAAAGCAAAUCAUGUAACAGUGGAACUUGAUUUCAUAGACAGAUCAAUGUUCGUAAAGAGCAACUGAUAUUUGAAGACAGAUGGGAACAAAUGAACUGUACUGUACAAUUCGUAUUAUAUUUUGUUUUUCUAUUUUGAUUUAUAUUCUAAGUAUUUCUGUUCAUUGUUAUCACUAUAUGGUGGGUGGGAGGAAAAUGGGAACGAAGUGGUGGUGAAUGAAAAAUGUAAUUAAUGUGGUUAUCUUCUGUCCGACACAAAAUGUAGGCCCAUUAUCUUCUUAAAAUACCCAUCCUGACCUUUACUCUGCUACCAACCUGUUCAUAUUCAUUUCCCAAUCUUUUUCUUUCAAUAAAAAAACACAACAUAAUUUUA